AUGCCACGAGCCAUUAGAGGUGUCCUCGUCCAGUGCGACGCGUCCAUCAAGUCGAUCAUCGUCAGCAUCGACAACGAGCGCAACAACGAGUACGUCAUCGAGGUUCUAGACGACCAGAAUAUCGUAGUUAAGGAGACGAUGGUGCAACAACUCAAGGAGCUGCUCGAGGACAGGCUCAAGAACACUACACAGCGCGAAGAUGUGGACGACUCCGACUGA